AUGGCCCGUAGGACAGUCUACGAUCAGGCGACCACUGGCUUUGCCGGUCGGAAUUCCCCCAUCACCCUUCCAGACAUCCCGAACGAUCGGUCUUGGCAGAUUCCAUCCUACAUUAUGACCGCCAUCACAAAUUCCUGCCAGUUCCAUGGUCGUGACGACGAGGAUGCCCCCGCUCAUAUCAAUCGCAUCACUCGUCUCUGCAGCACCUUCUCCAUUGAGGGUGUCAAUCUUGAUGCUAGGUAUCUUCAGAUCUUUCCAUUCUCACUCGCUGGACGCGCAGCCGUCUGGUUCGAUUCUCAGCCCGCAGGCACUUUCACCACUUGGGCAGGUCUCCGUGAUGCUUUCUUAGCCAAGUACUUUCCACCAGCCAAAGCGUCUCGCCUUCGUGAUCAGAUCCACUCCUUCCGCAUGGAGCCUGAUGAGCCGUACCACUUGGCGUGGGAGCGUUUUCAGACGCUUCUUUCCCGUUGUUCGCAGCAUGGUUUGUCUGAUUGGGCGUUAGUUGAAAAAUUCUACAAUGGUCUUACUCCUGAGAUUAGAGCUCGUUUCGAUACUUCAGCAGGAGGGCAACUUUUGGGCAAGAAGACAGUAGCUGAGUGUAACGAUUUGUUUCAAAGUUUUGCCCAUUCUGACAUGGAUUACAGCACUACCAGCAGGACUUCCAUUCCUGUUCGUACCUCCUCGGUCGGUCGAGGGGUAAACCAAGUUAGCUUGGAUCCAUCGGUAGUUGCUGCUAUGAUCGAGAGAGUUAGAGAGGAGUUGAGGCAAGAGAUGAAGCGAGAGCUGAGUGAGAUUAAGAAGAGAAUUGAUAGGUGUGAGGUCUGUAGGGGAGGUCACGACACGCUCGAUUGUCCCACUCUUACUCUAGAGCAGGUUGAGUGCAUAGCUGGUCAGUCUAGGGGUCAAUUUAGUAAUAAUAAUAAUCUUUUUAACUCCAGCUGGCAGGGUAGUGGUAGUAGUAGUGGAUAUCGCCCUUCUGGCGAUCCCCCUGGUUUUCCAUUGAGUCAGUAUCAAAGUAGGGGGACUGAUUUAUAUCAGAGUGGUCAGUAUAGUGGUUCGAGUAGGCAGUUUGCUAGUGGAGGACCGACUCAGGAGAGUCAAGGCAGUGGAAAGGCUCCUGAGGUUAGUACGAACAGGUUGGAGGAGAUGUUCACCCAGAUGAUGACGCAGACUCAGGCGUUCAUGAAAAAUCAGGAGCAGACGAAUAGAAACCACGAACUUCAGCUUAAAAAUCAAGAGUCUACUCUUUUAGAUCUUCAGAGGUCAGUAGGGUAUAUACCUAGGCAGUUGAGAGAGUCCCCCUCUGGUCAGUUUUCAGGUACCACUCACCCGGUUAACCAUUCUGUGAAAGCCAUCACUACUCGUAGUGGGAUGAGUCUAGGAGAGGUCGCGAGAGAGAGUGUUGAGUUAGAGAGUGACGCUGAGGUAGAUGAGGAAAUAGAGAUGGAGGCCCCAGGUAAGGUGCAACAUAGGCUAGACCCAGCAAGUACCGCACAUACCGAGGAGCCUCAGGUUGAGAAGAAAGUAAAGAAGCAGCCGGUUAGGGCUAGGCCACCGCCAGUGAUUGAUUAUUCCCGUCUUCCGUUUCCCGCCCGUGCUAAGCAGCAGCAAUACGCUAGGGAAUACGAGAAGUUUCUUACGAUGUUCACCCAGCUAAAGGUGAAUCUUCCGUUCAUAGAGGCCCUGAGAUCCAUGCCCAAAUACGCCAAGUUCCUUAAGGAUUUUCUCAAGUGUAAGGAUAAGAUAGGUGAGUGUUCUAGUACUCCAUUGAAUGGAGAUUGUUCUGCAGUGAUCUUGACUAAACUUCCUGAGAAACUCACUGAUCCGGGCAUAUUCACGAUCCCAUGUUUGUUUGGUGGUGAUGUUCAAAACCACGCGUUGGCAGACCUUGGUGCUAGUAUUAAUUUGAUGCCAUAUUCAUUUUACGAAAAACUAGGCCUUGGUGAUUUGAAGCCAACUCGAAUGACCCUCUCGUUAGCGGAUAAGUCAGUUAAGUAUCCUCGUGGGAUAGUGGAGAAUUUGUUAGUGAAGGUGGACAGGUUUGUCUUUCCAGCGGAUUUUGUAGUGCUAGAUAUGGAGGCUGAUGAAAAAGUGCCGUUGAUUUUAGGGCGCCCGUUCUUGAACACCGCUAAAGCGCUUAUAGAUGUCUUCUUAGGCACAAUUACACUUAGAGCGGGCGACGAGUCGGUAGUUUUCAAGGUGAAUACUACGAGAGGGUCGAGUGAUCGAGUCGAAGCGAUCGCGUUGUUGGAGGAGAGUGGGAAGGUUGAGAGUGCCGAGAAAGAGGUGGUGACUGAGCCGAGUGUGGAGAAGGUGUUAAAACCCAAGUGUGGGGAUCCACCUGAUAGGAGAGUUGAAGAGUUGGAAGAGAGGUUGAUGAGGUUAGAAUCUAGGAUAGAGACACUGAGCAGGGCUCAGUGUGGGGAUAGAUUUCGAUAUGAAACAUCUAGAUUCAAACCGCCCGAUGACGAGUUGAGAGAUUGUGAGAAAUAUGAGGGAGUUUGGAGAGAUGCGGGAAAUGAUAGGUUUGAUAGUGCUGCAGCCCGUAGUAGUUGGUAUGGAGGUGAGCUGCGCUUAUAUGAUCCUCCAUGA